AAAAAAAGAAAUCAUUCUUCAAAACGGCGUCCAUAAGCAACUCCGCCUUAGCAAUGAGCCAACUGGGCACCGUUUAUGCCACCAAACGGAGGCGACGCAAUGGCAAAAGUUUAAAACCGCCCCCCAAAGAUGGUGUUACAAAAAGUAAUCCUUCCAAACGUCAUCGUGAACGUUUAAAUGCUGAAUUAGAUUUAUUGGCUUCAUUGCUGCCAUUCGAACAAAAUAUUUUAAGUAAAUUAGAUCGACUGAGCAUACUAAGGCUGUCUGUUAGUUAUUUAAGAACAAAAAGUUAUUUUCAAGUUGUUAUGCGUAAAGAGAAAGAAGAGAAUAGUGGUAACGGUGCUGGUGCUAUCUUACCUCAUAUACAUACACAUCACGAUGGCUAUCGUACGCGAGAGUUAGGUGCUUUCGAGCACGGUCUCUUAGAUGGUGAUAUGUUCCUGCAGGCCUUAAACGGUUUCCUAAUGAUCCUCACCUGUGAUGGAGAAGUAUUUUUUGCUACUCACAGCAUUGAAAGCUACUUGGGGUUUCAUCAGUCCGACAUUGUACAUCAGUCCGUUUACGAGCUGGUGCAUUCAGAGGAUCGCGAAGAGUUGCAACGUCAGCUUCUAUGGAAUUCAUUUUUACCUGCGGAUAUGUCUAGUAUGCAAUUAUCGGAAACAUUAGCUCCCGAUAAAAUCAUUUAUUUAGAACGUAGUUUCACGGUGCGCUUUCGUUGCCUUUUGGAUAAUACCUCCGGUUUUUUACGACUCGAUAUACGAGGACGCAUUAAGAUACUACAUGGACAAAAUCGCAAAACUGAAGAACCUCCCUUAGCGUUAUUUGCUUACUGUACGCCGUUUGGUCCGCCCAGUUUAUUAGAAAUACCGCAUAAAGAGAAUAUGUUUAAAUCGAAACAUAAAUUGGAUUUUUCUUUAGUUUCAAUGGAUCAGAGAGGCAAGCAUGUUUUGGGUUAUUCUGAUGCAGAGCUUAUUAACAUGGGCGGCUAUGAUUUGGUGCAUUAUGAUGACCUAGCCUAUGUGGCCAGCGCCCAUCAAGAACUUCUAAAAACGGGUGCUUCCGGGAUGAUUGCUUACCGUUAUCAAAAGAAAGAUGGUGGUUGGCAAUGGCUUCAGACGAGUUCCCGCUUAGUUUACAAAAAUUCCAAACCCGACUUUGUGAUCUGUACUCAUCGUCAGUUAAUGGAUGAAGAAGGCUUUGAUUUGUUGGGCAAACGGACCAUGGAUUUCAAAGUAAGUUAUUUAGAUACGGGACUAGCCUCAACCUAUUUUUCGGAAGCGGAUCAAUUAGUAGUGCCACCAAGUGGGUCUCCGAACUCUCUACCACCUCCAGUAACUCCUACUCGACCAAAUCGGCGAUACAAGACGCAAUUGCGAGAUUUCUUAUCAACAUGUCGCUCCAAACGUAAAAUGCAACAACAAACCCAGCAAACUUCCCCGUUAAGCCAGGUAACUUCGCCUGCGCCGGUUGUAGAGUAUCUACCCGAUCCUGCUGUGGCUGUUGCAGCUGCCUACUCUAAUUUAAAUCCUAUGUAUACAACCUCACCGUAUGCCACUGCUGCGGAUAAUAUUUAUAUGGGCUCCUCAGUGCAUUCUAGCAACUUUUAUCCUGUCACAGAAAAUCUUUUUCAUCAAUAUCGUUUACAAGGUGUAGGUGGCUACUACGCCGACUAUCACCAUUCCGGGGCACCAGCUCCAACAUAUGUAACAAACGGUUUCCUUUCCUACGAUGGUUAUGCUAUCACUUCCAAAGAUGAAAAAUGGCAAGAUACCGGGAAGUACUACAGCGGCUAUAGUAGCGGUUACGGAAGUCCCACUUCCACAACGCAACAAGUUCCUUUAAAAACACCAAAGACCUCUCCUCAUGUCAUGGAAGUUGUGUCUUGCUCUUCAAAUGGCCCUUCACCAGUGGCAAGUGGUGGAGGAGGAGCGUCAGCUUCAGCUAAUGGUGGUGUUGUAACACCUAAAGUUGAGAUAUCCAAUCAAGAUCCUUAUGAACGCCAAACCGUCCUUAUGUGGGGCUCUCAAUCGAGUGGAGUGCCCAUCAAUAGUCUGAACACAACAACAUCAUUAGCUCAACGUCAUAUUUCGAAUAGUUUAGAGCGUUCCCCUCAAAAUACCCCAUUAACCAAUGGCCUUAGCUAUUCAACUAGCGGUGAUAGUGAAGUGACAACAAAGUGGAAUGGCGUUACACCGGCCAAGGAUGCAAAAACGUCAUCGACGCCCGAGAAUUAUCAACUACAUCAUGAUGACUCGGGCUUGUAUUCUUCAUCCUCGCAUACAACUUCACCUCAGCACAGACUGAAUAGUAGCAGUAAUACCACACUGGCUCAUAAUACGAUUAUGCUCAGUCAGGAACAACAACACCAGCAACAAGAACAACAACAAGAACACAUACUGCAAUUAAGUACAUAUGAUCAGACCGGCUUGCAGCCCCUAACCUCAUUGGUUACACGUGGUGGUGGCUGCACGAACGCGACAGGAACUGUUACGGCAAUAACGGCAACAGCAUCCAUUGAUUCAGUCUCACCCUCAUGUACAUCACCCAUUAUGCCAACAAUACAACAGCUGCCUGCCAUAGGAAAUGUAAUAAACGGUUUAAAUAGCGCAGCGACAAGGGGAAGUAGUCAUCAUCAUCAUUUAUCAAAUGGCAACACCAGUCCUUAUCAUCAAUUGGCAAUAAUAGCAUCACCCAUUGUUAUUACAACUUCAGCGACCGUGGAAACUGACGAACUCACUCCCAAUGGCGCCGGAGGAGUGGCUUUACAAACACUCACCACCGGCAAUACGCAUCUAAGUGGAGGUAGUAGUCUAGCUUUGCAUAACAGUACUGGUGGCAUUGGAGCCAGUUUUAAAACAACACGCAAUAGUUUAAUGCAUCCCUCAGCAUUAACUUAUGCUACAAAUGCUUACGUCAUCGGUGGUGCUGGCAGCAUUUCUGCUACCAGUGGCCAAUGCACUUCAUUAAGCGGUUUCGAUCAAACUGCAAUAGACGGCAGUCCAUUACUAACCUUUUCAGAGGUAACAAACACUUUACUUAAUCAAUAGAUCCCGAAUUAAGUUAAAAAGCAAAAAAAAAAAAAAAAAAAAACAUUUUCUAUUAAAAAUUGUAUAAGAUAUUUACAAGCAAUAUUAGGCACAAAGUAAUUGAAAUAGAGAAUAUGAUAAUGACGCGAUUUUUUCAAUAUGCAACUAAUGCUAUAAGAAGGGAUUUAAUUAAAUUUUUAUAAAAAAGUUUUUAAUUACACUUAAAAAAUAUCUUGGCCAAUAUUAUAUGAUAGCAAAGAGAAUGCAUUAAAAUAAGAAAGACGUUAUAAAUUCGCUUAGAACCAACUUUUUAAAUAUCCACAACCAGUUUACAUAAGAUAUUUGAGGGCAAAAGAAACAAAAUGAAGGCAUUCCUCUCUGCAAGCAUCGUACAUAGUUCUUCAUAUCGUAUAUAUUUCAUAAUUUUAUAUGAUUUGGCAACACUUUUUAGGCAAUGGUAAAAAUUAAAAAGAAUGUUUAUAUGUUUGGCAUAAUAGAUUUAUGCGGGCGUCGGUUUUUGAACACGAUAGACAGAUUUUAAUUGGAACUUAAUGCUAUAAGUUAAAAGCUGUAAAGGUGUGAGUUCUUGACUGAAACGUUUAAAAACCAAUUCCAUGCAAUUCCAUGUCAUAACUUUACUGAUACGUGCUUUAGGCGUAAAGCAUAUACACCUGAAUUCCGCAGUUAGUUACUCUGUCAAAUUACCAAAUUCGUAGUGCAAAUACAUUCAAACAUUGGGUAACCCAUGAAUAAGUGGAGAAAAUUUUAAAGGAAUAUCUUGAAAGUCCGUAAAUACGAGUCCUGGAUGGAUAUGAAACCGGCCACACUAAACGGUGAAAACUAUGCCAGCGUUAUGAGCCGCAUCUAUGUCAAAUAUGUUGUGUUAUAUCACCUGAUGACACAAAGCCCGAAGAAAGGUUUCUAAUUUUGAAAAGUUCAUUUGAAAGUGAUCAUGUAGCAGAAAGCUUGUUUAGGUAGGAAUGAGAUAUAAUUGUGAAAUGUUUCUACCUGCUUCCGUAGGAGAAGUGCUUAUAAAUUUUCCAUUCUUCGCGACACCUAUACUAAUGACGUUAAGGAUGUGUCAUCAACACAAAAAACU